AUGCUUGAGGAGGGAGCAAAGACCGCUCUCGUCGUCUCUCCUCUCGCUCGUCCCCGCAGUCUCUCUCCCCACACCGGUUGCUUCGUCAUAGGCGAGGCAGCCCUCUUCUCCGCCACCACGCCUCCGUCAACAGCGACGAAGAAGCGGAAAGCAUCCUUAACCUCCUCCACUGCCGACUCCCAACCUCAUCCUAAAGCGAGCAAAACUUCGCAUACUCCACAAGACGCGGGCCUUCUCGACGCCGCACUGCCCGCGACCCCGCUCACUCUUGCAUCCGACAAGCACAUGGAUUCCGACGACGAUUUUGGCAGUGUGGUGUCAAGCGACGAUAUCGAUGUCGAUGGAGACAGCAGUGUCGAUUUCGGCGCGGCUGACUCCGACGUGGACCUUGACGACGAGUACGAGGGAGGCGCCUUCGACGGGCAGGAGCAAGAUUUGAAGCCACAGAAGAAGUUCUUCGAAGUCGAUUUCACGGUCUACAGCCCAGGCGACAUUCAGAAGCAGCAAGAUCAGCAGGUGGCAGAGGUCUCCACCAUGUUCGAGCAACCYCACGAAGCCACAGCGAUCCUCUUACGAUAUGGACGAUGGAACAAAGAGCGUCUGAUCGAGAAUUACAUGGAGAACCAGGAGGAGGUGUUGGAAAAGGCGGGGUUGGGACAGGACAUCCGGCGACACCCACCGCGGAUCGAGACGGUCGAUGGCUUCAUGUGCGAGAUUUGCUGCGAAGAUGCCGCGGACCUCCAGACAUUUGCCAUGAAGUGUGGACACCGCUUCUGCAUUGACUGCUACCGGCAGUAUCUCUCUCAGAAGAUCACCGAGGAAGGCGAGGCCGCGCGCAUCAAAUGCCCUGGCGACGGCUGCAAUAGAAUUGUGGAUGCCAAGUCGCUGGAUCUGUUGGUGACGCCCGACUUACGCGAACGAUAUCAUGUCUUACUCAUGCGGACUUAUGUCGACGACAAGGAGAACCUCAAGUGGUGUCCGGCGCCGGAAUGCGAGUUCGCCAUCGACUGURCCGUCAAGCAGCGCGACCUCACGAGGAUUGUUCCGACGGUGGUAUGUCACUGCAAACACAGCUUUUGCUUCGGCUGCACUCUCCCGGACCACCAGCCGUGUCCGUGCUCGUUGGUGAAGAAGUGGCUGAAAAAGUGCGCGGAUGACAGUGAAACGGCCAACUGGAUUUCAGCCAAUACGAAGGAGUGCCCCAAGUGCAAUUCAACGAUUGAGAAGAACGGAGGCUGCAACCACAUGACGUGUCGCAAGUGCCGAAAUGAAUUCUGCUGGAUGUGCAUGGGGGUGUGGGCGGAGCACGGCACCAGUUGGUACAACUGCAACCGCUUCGAGGAGAAGUCUGGGCUCGACGCUCGAGAUGCACAGGCUAGAAGCCGGCAGUCUUUGGAGCGCUACCUACACUACUACAACCGCUACGCCAACCAUGAGCUGUCUGCCAAACUUGACCGCGACAUAUUUCACAAGACGGAGAAGAAGAUGACACUUCUCCAGAACCAGUCAGGUCUUUCAUGGAUCGAAGUGCAGUUCCUCGAAAAUGCCUCCCAUGCUCUGCAACAGUGCCGUCAAACUCUCAAGUGGACGUACGCUUUUGCAUACUACCUCGCCCGCAACAACCAGACCGAAAUCUUCGAGGACAAUCAGAAAGAUUUGGAGAUGGCGGUCGAGAAUCUGAGCGAGAUGUUCGAGAAGCCAACGGAGCAGUUGUCGAGCUUGAAGGUCGAGAUGAUGGACAAGACAAGUUACUGUAAUCGGAGGCGCAUCAUACUGCUGGACGACACGGCGAAGAAUUUGAAGGAGGAGGGAUGGGAGUUUAAUGUUGACCUCGUAUGA